GGAAACGGGUCCGUGCUGGGGCCGCGAGCCUUCGCAGCCCCCAGGACCCAGCCUCCCUCUAAAGGCAGGCCAGGGAGGCUCGGCUAUGCAGCUCACAGUGUACUGCGUGCGGAGGGACUCCACGGAGGUGACCUUCUCCAUCCAGGUCGACCGGGACUUUGAGCUCUACAACUUCCGGGUGCUCUGUGAGCUGGAGUCUGGUAUCCCUGCGGAGGAGGCACACAUUGUCUUUGCAGAGAACUAUCUCGAAGACAACCACAGAUCUUUGGCGUCCUAUGGCCUGAAAGAUGGUGAUGUAGUGAUUUUAAGGCAGACACAAAAUGAAGAGCCUGGCUCUCCUGAUGAUUUCACAGGGAUAGACUUUAGCAGCAUAGCUGUGCCAGGCACAUCGGUCUCCCAGCGCCUGCAGCCUACGCGGUCAUCAGAUAGUUUUGUAGGAAUGGCUUCAGCCCCACAGGUCUCAGACAACCCUGCAGUACUCCGAGACAUGCUACUUUCCAAUCCCCAUGAAUUGUCUCUGCUCAAGCAGCGCAACCCAUCCCUGGCAGAAGCCCUGCUCAGUGGGGAUCUUGAGGAGUUUGCUAGGGUUUUGAUAGAACAACAAGAAGACCAAGCCCUAAGGGAUGAAGAAAGGUUUCACCUCUUUGUAGCUGACCCCUUUGAUCUUGAAGCACAGGCAAAGAUAGAAGAAGCCAUCAGGCAACAGAACAUUGAGGAAAACAUGUCCAUAGCAAUGGAGGAGGCUCCUGAGAGCUUUGGCCAAGUAGUGAUGUUAUAUAUAAACUGCAGAGUGAAUGGACAUCCUGUGAAAGCCUUUGUUGAUACAGGUGCCCAGAUGACUAUUAUGAGCCAGGCUUGUGCAGUGCGGUGUAAUAUAUUGAGACUUGUGGACCAGCGAUGGGCAGGGAUUGCUAAAGGUGUGGGAACCCAGAAGAUUAUUGGUAGGGUGCAUCUAGCUCAGGUUCAGAUUGAAGGAGAUUUUCUGGCAUGUUCUUUUUCUAUAAUUGAGGAGCAACCCAUGGAUAUGCUUCUGGGCCUGGAUAUGCUCAAGCGACAUCAGUGUAACAUUGACCUCAAGAAGAAUGUACUAGUAAUUGGUACAACAGGCACACAUACUUCCUUUCUUCCAGAGAGAGAACUUCCAGAAUGUGCAAGGUUGGUAUAUGAUCCAGGGCAAGAUGACCUUCGAUUGGAGGAGAAGCUCUACAAAAAGGUUUAGAAAUUUAGACUGUCUGAAGCCUUGAUGCAUUUAGUGUAUGUGUGUUGCAUUUGGAAUGGUCUUUAGAAUAAAGAAGAAUGAUAAAGAAAUGACCUCACAGGCAGUGUUAUCAUUACAAAUUUUAGGUAGUUCUAGCAAUUCAGCCCAUUCUUGAAGACUGUUCUGAGAUCAAUAAAACUACUAAUCUUUAUCACUCUGUCUCUCUGUCCCAGCUUCAGCCUGCUCGUACAAGUCAGCCUAUAACAGAUUGUUGAAGCUAACACUGAAGACUCAGAGCUUCAGCUAAAUUCAGAUAACAUGUGAAAAGAGAGAAUAUCCCCUUCCUUUACUGGACCUCGGAGAGCCCUGUCAGACCAGACAGCAACCUGUCCACGUUUUGUGCUAUCAUAUUAUGUAAUUCAUUGGGGAAAAGAAAAAGUUGCAGAUAAUCUAAAAUAUUUCCUGUCAAAGAAAACACCCAUGGCAUCAAAGUGUAUCUCAUUAAAGAAUAGAAAGUUAAUUUGUUGAGGCUCUCCGGAUGUACAAUUCACAGAUGUAUCUAGGUGAAAAGGUGUUGUGUUCAGAGUAUCAGGAUCUGAGUUACGCAAAUGGCCUUCACCAACACGAAUGAAUGUGCUACCCAAGAUCAAAUAAUAGAAUGAGCCAGUUGACCCACAGCAUAAUAGUAACACAGAACUUGGAGCUUUCUGCUAGAAUAUGGCAGAGCCUUUCUCCUGUCAAACAAAACAAAAUAAAAUACAGUAAAAAUUUUUUAAAAAGGCAUUGUAUGUAAAGGGAAUGAGCUGCAGAUAGGAGCCCUUCCAUGUUCAGGAAAAAAAUAUUCCACUCUCAGCAUCUUUUGAGAACUCACCUACAGGAACACCUAUGGAAAUAAAUGUAGGUGAAAAGUGAGGCAAUUAAUCAGAAUGCCAAUGUUAAAAUUACUGGUGUUGCUGACCUCAGUGUAGAUAAUCUUUUGAAGGAGGUAGAGACAUCAAAGCAUAAUACCCAACCUGUAAUUUUGACUAAUUCUAUUUUUACUGCUGAUUUGCCACUCUCCAGAUAGUAAUGUUGAAAUGUAAGGAAUAGGUAAACUACUAUGCUCCUCAUUAAAUAUUUAAUGAUUGACAGUUCUAGGUACUCUCCAGCUCUCUGUACAUAUAUUAUCUGCAGAGAUACCUUGUUAAUGUAUAACAACUACAUUGGAGGAAUUUCAUUCCUUUCCAUUAUUCAGUUGUAAAAAAUUAAAUCUUACAUCUGAAGAAAUCAUCCAUCAUUAGGAACUAGCUUAAGACCACAUUCUCAAUGAGGAGCUUUCUAAGAAGUAGACCUAAAGUCAGCAUCAUAGGGCAUUUGAGUUGAUCAGAAUUCACAAAACUUUGUUAAGUGAUACCUGGACCAACGACAAAAGGAGUUUAAGAGCUGUAUCACUGAGUCCUGCAGUGAAAACUAUUAACACUGAAGGUUCGUUUGUGAGCCUGACAACUGUUUAAGAUGUCCUGAAUUGAGAACUAUUCUGUCCUGCUAAACUUUGCUGAAAUAUUGAAUUAGCUACUACACUGCAGCUUAGGUGCAGUCUUUUCACCCCAACAUGGAUCCACUGAAGAAGAUAUCACAACUAACACUUCUGAGCAAACUGAGGCCUUGGCACCGGUUUUAAUGAUAGUCCUCAAUCAAGAUAGUCAAAACCUAUUUACAGGAAUGCCUAAAAUCAGAAAAUCCUAUAUCCUGAAGCUACAAUCUUCCUUCACAGACUGGAGAAGCUCUGUUCUUUCACUGUUUUUGUUCCUACAGACAGUGACUGGAAUCUUACUCUUUGGUGUGCUUCUGGGACUUUUCACUGAGUUUGUGUAUAUGUAAACCUUGUUUUUUUCUCAUUUUGUUAGCAAAGAGCAUCAUAGUUCCUAAAUAACAGUGGAAAAGAUGAACCUGACUUGUCCUCAUUCCUUUGACAAAUAUAUGUGAAAUAUGUGUAUACAGGUAUAUGUGCAUAUAUGAAUAUAUGUAUAAAAUCUAUGUAUAAAGAAACCUACAAAUAAAAUAUUGAGAUAAAAUUUUUAAAAGCUUUUAAAAAAUUUUGAC